GCGCCCGCGCCGCCGCGCGCGCUCUACCGCUACGGCGCGCGCGACCUGGCCACCGUCUUCUUCUACACGCUGGUGGCCGUCAUCGUGCACGCCGCGCUGCAGGAGCACGUGCUGGACAGGGUCACGCGGCGCCUGCAGCUGGCCAAGGCCAAGCAGAGCCGCUUCAACGAGGCCGGCCAGUUCGGCGCCUUCUACCUGGUGUCGUGCGCCUGGGGCACGUGCGUGCUGGUGGCCGAGGGCUGCCUGGAGGAGCCGGCCCGCCUGUGGCGCGCGGCCCCGCCGGGCACCAUGACCUUCCAGGUGAAGUUCUUCUACGUGGCGCAGCUGGCCUACUGGUUCCACGCGGUGCCCGAGCUGUACUUUCAGCGCACGCGCAGGCAGGACCUGCCGCGGCAGCUGGUCUACAUCGGCCUGCACCUGUUCCACAUCGCAGGCGCCUACCUGCUCUACCUGAACCACCUGGGGCUGCUGCUGCUCAUGAUGCACUACUCCGUGGAGCUGCUGACCCACGCGUGCGACCUCUUUUACUUCGGCGACGAGAAGCACCAGAGGGAGCUGUCCCUGUGGGCCGUGGUGUUCAUUCUGGGCCGCCUGGGGACCCUGAUCGUGUCGGUCCUCACCGCGGGCUUCCACCUGGCGGGAGGGCAGGCUCGCGGCCCGGAUGCGGCCUCCGGGAACGUGAACGUGCUGGCCGCCAAGGUCGCCGUGCUGUCGUCCAGCUGCACCAUCCAGGCCUACGUCACGUGGACCGUCUUCAGUGUCCAGCUGCAGAGGUGGGUAGAGGGCGACGCGGCGCUCCAGGCCCCGGCCGCGAAGAAGAAACGGACGAAAGGCAGGGCUUACAGGAAGGGGACAGAAAACGGGGCGGCCGCUGCGAACAGAGUGGACCCUCCGCAUAAGAGGAAGGACAGAUCUCCGUAA